AGGAAUUUGCGUAGUUCGAAUAUCGUUCAACAAGUCAUUUAUGCUUGAUAUUAAAAUAUUGAAUACUUAUUUGCUUGUUGCGCAACACAUUCAAAACUAUUUUUUCCCGAAUAUUUAAAAAGCCACCGAUAAAAAUUCAAUUCCUAAUACGAAAACUCCAAAAACUGUCAAACUCCUAUAUCUCAAAUUCACGUAACUCGAGUGUCGCGUAAAUCGUGAAACGACUGUACGGUAUAACACACAUAAACACAAAGCAGUGCAGACGAAGAAGGAAAAGGAUCCAUGAAAUUAGAAACCAAACACAUGGAUGGUAUUUGUGCUGUGUUCACGGAAUAGCAUUGUUAAUCAAAAAUCUUCUUUAAAAUGUCGAAAAAAAAUGCGUUCUUUUACUUUAUGAUCGAAUACAAAACGCGAGAAGAGGCGAAAGGUCGUAGAUUUCGAAAUAUAGCUGAAGUUACACCUGUUGCCGGUAAAUUGUGGGAGCACAUGAACGCUAAACAACGUGCCCCAUACCAAGAAAUCGCAGCCAAAAAACGAAAGGAAGAGCGAGAACAAAAGUCCUGUUCUAGGUCAUCUAAAAUCGACAAUAUUUAUGGCAAAAAUGACUUGGAAGAGAAGAAAGCAGAUAUAAUUAAAAAAUCAGUCAAGGACCAACUAUGGCGCGCUGAAAUGGAAGAAGGACUCGACAAGGAGGAGUUUUAUAUCAUUUCAAUGGCAUACUUUUGCCGUACUGAUGAAGGUGCAUACAUUCCUGCCGAGCUAGGUGUUAUUAGAUUCAGUCUCGAGUGUGGUGUAAAGGAUCAACUUCACAUCCACAUAAAUUGCGAAAAGUUACCGCUUGGUGUGGCACUCCAGGCAAAGGAACAUGCAACAAAUACCCAUGGACUACCACUGCCACCAAACGCGUUGGGUGUAACCGAUUACAAUAACAUCUCCUCGAACUUGCUUACCUUCCUGCAAGUGAAAGAGGAAAUUCCACUGUUGUUCACGGAUGCGAAGGAAGUACCGAUAGUGAAAAAUAUGCUUACCACCAUCUUAGGAAAUUACACAAAGAGUAAGCCGCUGCGUAUUUCCUCCGUGGCGGAUCUCUUCUUUGAGAUGAAGCAAGGUGCGGAGAUGCACAUGAUGAGCAUGAAGGUUUUUCCUUCCGUAAAAGCGGCACAAGACAUCAUUGAUGAAGAUCCUUUCAGCUAUACAGAAAACAUCAGCUGCGCAUAUCACGAAUCUUGCGCGCUGACACAGGAAUGUGCCUUGUCCAAAUGCAUCCGUUGGGCGUACACAAUUUCGAAAGUUUGUUGCUUUGAAAUGAAUAUCGAUCUGAUACCGGGCAAGCAUGUACCGAUCGGUUGGGAAUUGGAUUUGCCUGAAAGCUUACUGGAUAAUGAGGUAGAGAUAAUUGCACCAAAUAAUGAUUCAUCGGACUUGGAGGAUUCGAAGGUGGCGAAGCGGCCACGGUUGGACGAUCGGUACAACGAUAGCGAAUCAGGCUGUAGUGGAAUCGGUGGACAAUAUCAUGCUAUAGACAAACCCGAUCGAUCGCAGCGAGAAUUCGGACACGAUUCGCUGCUAGAACGUGGACACGAUCUGUUACUAGGACGUGGGCAAGAUCCACUACUAGGACGUGGACAAGAUCCACUACUAGAACGUGGACGAGAUCCACUACUAGAACGUGGACAAGAUCCACUACUAGGACGUGGACAAGAUCCACUACUAGAACGUGGACAAGAUCCACUACUAGGACGUGGACACGGUCUGCUACUAGGACGUGGAUACCGUCCGCAACUAGGACGUGGAUACGAUCCGCUUCUAGGACGUGGAUACCGUCCGCAACUAGGACGUGGACACGACCUGCUACUAGGACGUGGAUACGAUGCGCUACUGGGACGUGGACACCGUCCGCCACUAGGACGAGGACACAGUUCAAAUUUAUGACGUGAUAGUUAAGUUAGACAACGUAUAACAGACCUGUGCAAUUAAACGGUUAUAACCUAUAAGUUUUGGGCUACGUGCUAAAAAUAAGUCUAGUAAGCCAGAAAUGGCCGGCGUGUCCUGUACGGUCGUUAAAGCCAAGAAGAAGAGCCUAUAGAUACAAAUGAGUAUACCUGCUACUCAGUAGAUAUAUACCAAUGGACUGGACUGGGCUGUAAUUACCACCUAGACAAUGCUCUGUAUAUGCGGGACUGCUCAUCGCAUCCUGCGACGGUACGUAUUUCUACGCAACUAUUUCGCUUGGGUUGCAGCUUAGAGAACCAAUCUCUAACUGAGACAGACGAUUCUAACUGCAUAAGCUGACGCAAUUCAUCCUCUCAAAUAACCCAUUUUGAUGAUGCUUUCUUCGUUUACUAGGAAAUAGUUUUACAAGGUUUGAUAUACAUGAUGGAAGGGGUGAUCAAAUCCCAUUCGGAGGACCAUAUGAAUAAAUAAAAAUGGUGUACGAUCUAUUCUAAAAAGAUUGUUGAAUAACGACA